GCCAACAAUUUAUGAUCUUAAUAAUUCUUUGAAACUUGUAACUACUUCAGAAGAAUCUACAAACACUGAUGUGUUUGAAAAUUUAGUUACAUCAUUUUUGGCUAUUUUAUCAGAAAUAGAGCUUCUAUAUAUGCUACCAUACCAACGUAGAAAACAUGAUUGGUUUCCCAAGCUUAUAUUUGGACUUGAUAAACUUAAUAAUAUUGCUUCUAAAAUACAAAAUAACAAUUGGGAUUAUAAUAUCGAAAUGCCAUUUCUUUCUAAUGCUUUGUUAGAAAUCAUAGAUAAAAAAAAACCAAAAGAUGCACAAAUUAGUAUAUUGAUUCAAAAAAUUGGUGAAAUGCAAAAAAAAUUAGAAAAUAUUUUAGAAAAGAAGUAA